UUUGGGAGAUUGCUCCUUCUCAUGAUAAAAAUCUCAGAGCCCUUCUGUUCCCCUGUCCCUGUCUGUCCCGCAUUUGUAAUCCUGCGCUUUUGCAGAACGAAUCCGCUGGACUGGUGCCUUCCUAUUGAGACGCAAGAAGCGAAGGCGCAAGCCAGCAUCAGAGCGCUCCUUAGAAUAAAACAAAGCAGGAAAAUAUAGGAACAUUUUAGUAAGAAAAAAAAACAAAACAGCGAUCUAGGUUUUUUUUUUUCUUUUCUUUUUUUCUUUUCUUUUUUUUCUUUUUUUUUUUUUUUUUUUUUUGGGUGGCUGAGAAGUUGCAUGUGCAUAGGAGGUUUGUAGUUCUCAAUCCGGGACAGAAGGCAUGGGAUACCCAGUGAGGAGGGGAUGGAGUGGAUGGAUGCUCCUGGUUUGGGUCGCCGCUGUCAGCUUGGUUUUAACAGACGGGAGGAGAGUGAGGCAGCCCAGAUGUCCCGUUGGAUGUACCUGCACCAAAGACAAUGCCUUGUGUGAAAACGUCCGAUCUGUGCCUCACACUUUUCCUUCCGACGUCGUCUCACUAUCUUUUGUCAAGUCUGGGUUUAAUGAAAUUUCAGGAGGAAGCUUUGUCCACACACCUGCCCUGCAACUACUGUUGUUCACAGCAAAUUCAUUUGACCUCAUAGAUGAAGAUGCAUUUCUUGGUCUGCCACAUCUUGAGUACCUAUUCAUUGAGAACAAUAAAAUUGCUUCGAUAUCGCCAUAUGCAUUCCGGGGACUGAAAGCACUGAUACAUCUGAGUCUGGCGUACAACAACCUUGAGACACUGCCCAAAGAUGUUUUCAAAGGCAUGGAUGCACUGACUAAAGUGGAUCUGCGUGGCAACAACCUGAUAUGUGACUGCAAACUUAAGUGGCUGGUGGAGUGGAUGCACCACACUAAUGCCACCCUGGACCAGAUCUACUGCAGCGGUCCACCCACUCAGCAGGGGAAGAAGAUCAAUGACCUGCUGCCACACUCAUUUGACUGCAUCACAGCAGAGUUUGCAUCCUAUCAGUCACUGAAGUUCGAGUCUAUUUCUGUGGAGGCCUUCACAUUUGGUAUGGAUCAGUAUGUGGUGUUUGCCCAACCGUUUGCUGGAACAUGUACCUUCCUGGAAUGGGAUCAUGUUGAGAUGACAUUCAGAACAUUUGACACCAUUGAAAGCAUUUCCACUGUGGUUUGCAAGCCCAUGGUUAUUGACAACCACCUAUUUAUCAUAGUGGCCCAGUUAUUCGGGGGCUCGCACAUUUACAAACGGGACAUCUCUGCCAACAAGUUCAUCAAGAUCCAGGACAUUGACAUCCUGAAGAUCCGCAAACCCAAUGACAUUGAGACCUUCAUGAUCGAUGGCGAGUCUUUCUUUAUCAUCGCUGACAGUUCGAAGGCUGGCUCUACAACUGUGUACAAAUGGAACGGAAAUGGGUUCUACUCCCACCAGUCUCUACACCCCUGGUUCCGGGACACGGAUAUAGAAUAUGUGGAGAUCUCAGGCAAACCACACUUGAUCUUGUCCAGCAGUUCCCAGAGGCCUGUUGUGUACCAAUGGAACAGGAGCCAGAAACAGUUUGACCGCAGGACCGACAUACCAGAGAUGGAGGAUGUGUUCUCUGUCAAGCACUUCCGGGUCAAAGGUGAGCUGUUUAUAUGCUUGACAAGAUUCAUUGGGGACUCCAAGGUGAUGCGCUGGGAUGGUGCCAUGUUCAAGGAGGUCCAGACAUUUCCCUCCCGUGGCUCUAUGGUGUUUCAGCCUGUCUCCAUCGGCAACUGGCAGUAUGCCAUCUUGGGCAGCGAUUAUUCACUGACACAGGUCUACCAAUGGGACACCAAGAGGGGCCAGUUUGUCUCAUCUCAGGAGCUGAAUAUCCAGGCGCCUCGAGCGUUUUCUUUGGUUUCUAUUGACGACCGAGUGUUCCUGCUUGCAUCCAGUUUCAAGGGCAAAACUCAGAUAUAUGAGCACCUCAUGAUUGAUCUGAGUAAUUAAAUUCACAAUUCUGGGACAAAUACUGUACACCACAUGUUAAAUGCUUUCCUUUCUGGUUUUGUUGAUACUUGAUAGUCACAUUAGUAUUCACCAUUCGUUUCCUUCUCACUUUGCCUAUUUACCAUCAAGAAUGUUUAGUCAGAAACUCCUCACUACUACUACUAAUACUGAACUUCACUACUUUUGCUUUUACUUUGUGAUAAUUUGGAUCAUUUUUACAAAUCACUGUCUCAUUCCUGAUUAGAUGAUGUUUUUCUUUCCUUUUUCCUAUUUGACAUUAACCCAUAAAGACCCAGUGUUACAUGUGUAUCAGUUCCCAAAUGAUUUUUUUUUUCUGUCUUUGAUCAC